CGGCUCGGAUGCAGCAGCAUCCUCUCAAACGCACUGCUUCAGUACAGUCAGUUCUGUCUCAACCCGUAAAGGAUGCCGUACCCUGCCGGAGGAUUCAUGCAGCCCAACAAGAAGCCGUGCGACAUUUCUGCAGAAAUAAGUAUGAAGAUGCACUGAACCACACUGUGAUUUACACUGCAUGGGACCAGCACUAGAAAGAAAGAGGGAGUCAAACUAAAAACUCUCUCCUCCGACUGCUUCGUUUUCAACUUGAUACCGAGGCAUGGGAGUCGUCGGCUUGGAUGCAGCUCCACACCGGCUUCAGAAGUUGGAUAGGCAGAGAUUUAAUUGCCAUGACUCUUGAAUACGGACAGGACUUCCAACGCAGUGCAGACGGCGUGCAGUAUUUUAGAGUCCUUAAGGUGGACUUCUCAUUUUGUCUGAGUGUCUUUGGAGAGUGUUAUCUGAUCAACGUGUUGCAUUUAAAAUAUAGGCAUCUUUAAUCUGUCUCAGGCAUGGAGGAACAUUGAUCUCCGAAGUGUCCACGGGUGCUCCUUAUUAUUCACAGUAACGGAAUGAAGACACUAUCUUGAUAUGAUGGAUGAUAGAUCCAGUAAGCUCAUUUUAGUUCCUAUUUUAGCUGUCCUUUUUGUUAUGAUAGGUUAUCAGUACAUAUGUCCCGCUGGCAGUAAUUCAUGCCACUUUAAGACUGAGGAGAAAUUUAGAGGGGUGAGUCUACUUUCAACCCCUUAUCAGGACAGCGAUGAUUUCUACAGAGAUCAAGACCUGGAGGAUGACAGCCCUCCGAAACUAUCGUCGAAAUUCAACUUCACUGAAAGAGACCUUGACAGACACGUGGAGUUCAACAUCAAAGGGGACGACGUGAUAGUGUUUUUGCACAUCCAGAAGACCGGGGGGACGACUUUCGGGAGGCACUUGGUGAGGAAUAUUCGCUUGGAGCAGCCGUGCGACUGCAAGCCAGGGCAGAAGAAAUGCACGUGCCACCGACCGGGGAAAGAAGAGUCCUGGCUCUUCUCCCGGUUCUCUACGGGCUGGAGCUGCGGACUGCAUGCAGACUGGACCGAGCUUACGAACUGUGUCCCUGUCAUUAUGGAUAAGAAGGAGGCCCGGAGGAAUAAAAGGAACUUCUACUACAUCACCAUGCUGCGCGACCCAGUCUCCCGCUACCUGAGCGAGUGGAAACAUGUCCAGAGAGGAGCCACAUGGAAGACCGCCCUCCAUAUGUGUGAUGGACGUUCACCCACCCAGGACGAGCUGCCCACCUGCUACAGUGGGGAUGACUGGUCCGGCGUCACCCUGACAGAGUUCAUGAACUGCCCGUCGAACUUGGCGAACAACCGUCAGGUCCGCAUGCUGGCUGACCUGAGCCUGGUGGGCUGCUACAACCUGUCCUCCAUGAACGAAAGCCAGCGCAACCACAUCCUUUUAAGCAGCGCCAUGAGCAACUUGAAGAACAUGGCUUUCUACGGCCUGACCGAGUUUCAGCGUAAGACCCAGUACCUGUUUGAGCGGACGUUCAGCCUGCGCUUCAUCUCUGCCUUCACGCAGAUUAACAGCACGCGAGCUGCCAACGUGGACCUGAGCGAGACUGUGCGCAAACGCAUCGAGGACCUCAACUACUUGGACAUGCAGCUGUACGAAUAUGCAAAGGACCUGUUCCUCCAGCGUUUCCAGUUCACCCGCCAGAGGGAGCACCAGGAAGUGCGCUUGAAGAGGCGCGAGGAGAAGCGCUGGCUGCGGGAGCAGAGAGACCAGGUCAGGCCUUGGCCGCCCAAACACAGAGGCGGUGGCAACAGAGGCGGGAGAGUGGGAGGAGGCUUUGAGAAGGAAACUGAGAGUGACUUCCCAGCCACCACCGAGGACUACACAAGCCAAGUAGCCCGCUGGUGAGGUGCUGGUCCGAUAAAGAGAGAGGAGCAAGAGAGAGCGGUGGAUGGAGAUUCCCAGUGGACUAGUUAAAACAAAUGUUGGACUCUCUCUUGUGCAUCUUAUGUCUCUCUUUGUGUCUCACCAUUAACCUGUCUGCUGAAUCUAUCCGUUUUGUCAGCUUCAGUGUGAUCCGAGUGCUCCGCUAUUUCUUUAAGAAAACUGCCGAGUUUGAGCCUUGCAGCAGCUCUGUCUUGGAGUACCUUUGGUGUCUUAAUCUUUAAAUGCUGUUUAUUUUUGUCAAUUAAUUAUCGCCUCGGUUCUUUAUAAACUGUUGAAUGAGAUGAUAAAUUGGUGUGAAAGAAAAGAAGAAGAAGGAAAAAAAACGCUGCUAGAGACAUUGCAUUGAGUUCUUUUUAUUUAUUUAUUUAUUUUAUUUUGGCAUUCAACAUUGAUGAAUGUCACCGAAGUCAGCAUCUACUGUAUGUUGCAACUGUUAGAAAAUAUGACAUAUGAAAGUUGUGUUAAGGGAACUGGUGGUUGCAUGUCACACAUCCACUUUGUACUUACAAUCGGGGAGAGCCAUUUCCAAAAGACACACAGAGUCAAAGUGAAUAGUGAAAACACUGAAUCUGUUUUCCUUUAACUUAAAGUCAGGGAAACCUUCACUUCACAUAUUGUAUGCAUGCAGUACCCAUCCUUUAAACCAAAUUAUAAAAAGGUCUGUCGCUAUUGCUUUGUUUGCUGAGCAAUAUAUAUUUUAUUUUCUCAAGCGCAAUGCCUUGCAGACUUUAACCCCCCAGCUCCAAAGACAACACAAAGGCAGUCACACAGCAGUUAGAUGGCAUCCAGCUGAACAAAAUAACUUCAGUCAUUUCCUGUACUGUUGGUAGAACAUUGUAUCUGUGGUGGGGGAGGAGAAAAAAGGCAUAUUUUCUGAGUAAUUCCUUUUUGAAGUAGUCAGUUGCAGAGAUAAAAAGUUGGUAAAUAGUACAGGUGAUGAAAUGUGUCAGUGUGGCUGGUAUGUGGCUUGACUGUGAAUGAGUUGAUCAGCAUUCAGUUCCCAUGCUCCUCCCCGUCACACUGGCUGCUUUUACAUAUUUGUAGAGCUGACGGCAACUGCACUGUGGGCAGUGAGAGCGCUCUAACUCCAGCAGAGUGCCAGGAUACAAAGACAAGCCUCAAAGCAGAUAGUUGGAGAAAAAAAAAUGUUAUUUCCUCUCCCUGAUAGUUUCCAGUCCCUUGAAUCCAUCAUGUUUUUAUCUGGUUAAAUAGGCUUCAGUGUGAUGCUUUUUAUGUUCCUUAUCUCUCAUUCAGUCACAACCUGUGCUUAUCAAAUUAAAUGUUCACUAAAUGUCAGCACUGGAGUCACACGGCCGCUGCUAUUUUAACACUAAUUUCUCGUGUUUAUUCUCUAAAUGCAGUUGCUUCAAAACACCUCGUGCGGUACAUUUUUGUUUGAUUUUGUCAUGUUUGAAUGAUUCAUCCAGCCGGUGCAGCAAAUGUGUUAAAUGCAUACUGGUGUAGUGUUUAGAGGUGAAUGGGUACACCUGCCUAUAUGGAUAUACUUCAGUUCGGCGAGUGUGUGGAUGGAUGGGGCAGAUGAAAGAUGAGGUGUAUAGCACAUUAAUAACAGUCAAGUGUUUCAAGUGUACCUAACCAUGUUACAGCUCCGAACACUGAACAGCUAUUUGCAUCAUUUAGAUUUCAUAUAGCCAUGUCAUUUGUGGUGUAUCAGAGGAACACUGAUAAAGUGUCUGAUUAAUGAUAAUGGGGAUUGCAGGACAUUUUCACCCAAAUGAGCAUUAAGGUUUUAAGUUUAUUGUUUCUUUAAGUAACAUAACAUUUUUUUUAAUAAAGUACA